AUGUCUGCAAAGAAAGGCGCACUGGCCGACGCCUGGGACGAAGACUGGGAGUCGCUUGCAGAUAAGGUAGAAGUGAAGCCAGAACCUACUGAGCCCGUGAAGCUUUCCAAAGCUGAACGAAGAGCGCAACACGCUCAACUUAACCGCGAGAUAUGGGAGUCUGCCGAGAACCCAACACCUGUGUUUCUCCAAGCCCGCGGUCCGCCUAUACAGCCCACCUUUAAGCCCGCCGUUACGGUCCUUGCCCGCAAACCUACACCUCAAGUGUUGUCUCGAAAUAGCGGUGUGGCCGGGCUGAGCCUCGAAGAUGACGACGAUGACAGCGAAGAAGAACGGCAAAAGAAAGCAGCGGCAGUUUUUGAGGAGCGAAAGGUCCGCGCAGCGAAGGAGCGCGCCGAGAAGGAGCGCAAGUACGCCGAAGCACGAGAGCGCAUUUUUGGCUCGCCAGCGGCCUCAGGCGAGUCGUGCAGUAAUUCGCUGAGUAAGCCCACCAGAGGGAAGGGGAAGAGUCGCGGCGGAAGGGAGAGCCAGCCGAGAUCGAGCAACGAGCAGUCACCUGCACGAGCGACAGCACCGAGCGGACGCCAACUGUUCGAUGCGUCAUAUACGCCCAAACCUGGAUCUAUAUACGUACAAAGGAGAGAAGAUGGAAGUAGCCGCCCAGGUAGUCGCCCAGAUACGCCAAGCCUGCAAGAGAAACCUAUUCGAGAACCCAGAGGACCGGCAAGAGGUGGAGGUCGAGGUUUUGCAGGCAGAGGCAAUCAUGGUGCAUUGGCUGGUCCUUCAUGA